AUGCUAAUUUAUACAAGUUACUUAUAUGUGCAAUUUUCAAUAAAAAACACUUUUGUUCUUGUGGACAUCAUCAUGAAUAAGAAUUACUCACUGCAAUACACAAUUAUUAGUUCAAUUUCUUUAGCAAUUUCAGUUUUAUUAUUGGUUAUGGAGACACUUAAAAAACAAAAUAUUUAUGCGAAUAAUAUCGGUGCAUCUUUGUUGUGCGUUCUAAAUAUAGAGUUCAUCUACAAUGAUAUCCCUUAGAUAAAUAUGCUGCAAUUGGGGACUUUCAUAGCUCUUCUGAUUACGCAAUUCGAGGAUGCUGAAAAAUGGCAUAAGUUUAUGAAGCACUCAAUCUUGGUAUACUUUUUUGUCAGAACCUUCAUACAAUAUAAGGAACAAUUAUACAUAACCGAAUUGUUGACGUGCUUUUUGUGGUAACCUUUGAAUCAUUGGAUGUUACAUCUGAAGAAAGAGGAAGAUCGGAUUGAGUCAAAGAAGCAUCUGCAGGAUAUGAGCAAAUACAACAUCGAGUAAAUUCCAUAACUAGUGAAGGAUCAGUCGGAACAGGAUGAAUAGUGCAGCAGCAUUUUGAGAAGUUUAAACAUCCAACAUAAUUUGAAUUAGUUGAAGCAAUUGGAUUUAAAGAAUCCCUUUGUGCAAGACAAGGAGAAUCUCAUGAAUAAUCUCUCAUUCAAAGGCUCAGACUUGCAGAAAUCAACUAAUACUUUAGACCUACCUCAAAUAUGGAAUUUGCUGCCAUUUGGCAUAGGACUUAUGAAUAGUCAAUGUGAGAUGGUGAUAAAUAAUUAAAAAUUAUUAUAGUUUUUAAAAGUGUCGGAUAAUGAUGGAAGAAACAUCAUUUUAAAUCUAGAUUCAUUAUUAGAAAGUUGCGAAUCCUGGGAGAGCAAAUCCAUCAAGUAAGUAGGUUCAAAUCAGAGUAACCGUUAGAGCAAGAGGUUCCCCAAGGUUCCAUAGUUGUCUCUAAUAUCAAGGAGUUUAAAUGAGCAAAACUCUGUUCACAAUCCAGAGGGAGGCACCAACACCAAUUUAAAUAACAAUAUUGGCUUUUCUUCUAAUCCAAAUAACCAGAUCAAGGAUGAAUUAAUGACAACAAAGAGCAGAUUCAAAAAUUUGAAUUUGUUGUUCACUAAAUUUGCCUAAAAGUCUUCUUCUCUUACAAACAAUGUGGAUAAUUCUGUGCAAUCAAUAGGAUAAAACAUUCAGAUAAUUAAGAUCAUUUAGGAUGUUGGGACUAUGAAAUACUAUUUAAGGAUUAAAGUAUAUGAGAUUGAGAUUAAUAAUAAAAUAUACUAUCUCUUUUUGAUUGAAAAUAUCACGAAUAAGGAAGAAUUACGGUAGUUGAACAUUAGAUACAAGUACCAAUAGGCACUUUUAAAUUCCUUGUGUCAUGAAUUAAGGACUCCAAUGAAUAGUACAUUGUCACAGUUAAAUGCAUUGUCGACAUUGAUUGCUCCCAAUAUAAGAGAUAAGAAUUUGUAACCAGCCAUUAUAUCAGCCAAAAAGCUGAUGUUUUAAUUAAAUGACAUUUUGGAUUAUGCUUAAAUUGAUUGUAGGAACUUCCACUUGAGUAAUUCCCAAUUUGAGUUAAGUGAAAUCUUUGAAAUUUUGAAGGAGUUGUUUGAAUAGGAAUGCAAGGAGAAAUAGUUAGACUUUUAAUUGAAAUCCAAGACUAAUUACAUGAUCAAUAGUGAUAAAGAAAGAAUCCUUAGAAUUUUGGUGAAUUUGAUAGAUAAUUCAAUUAAAUUUACGAAUUAGUGUGGUUCCAUCUAAGUGAAUGUUUCUGAUCAAGAAUCUCGCAUAAUAUUCUAAGUGGAAGAUAAUGGGGUUGGCAUGUCAGAGAAGACUCUAUAUCAAAUUAAAAACAGGGAUGAUGUGCAAUUUUAUGAUUCACAAUUAUUCUAAUAAACAAAAUUAGGUCUAGGAUUGAAGAUCUCCCAAUAAAUAGCUAAAUUUCUAUGUUACAAUAACGAGUUGAUUAUAGAGAGCACUGAGAAUGAGUAUACAAGAAUAUCAUUCAAGAUAGAAAAUCAGCAAAAACUUAUUAGCUAGUAGAAGUUUCCAUCAUUCUAUGGAUGCAACAUCACAAUCAGUUGUAAUUGCACUCAAAUCUUGAUCGUGGAUGACGUAAGAUUCAAUCAUAGUGCCAUUGAGGCUCUAUUAUCAUAACAUAAAAUGAAGAUGGAUAGUGCGUAUAAUGGUUAAUAGGCAAUUGAAAAAAUUGAAUAAAAAUUGUAGUCUCCUUGUUGUAAAACUUAUAAGCUAAUUUUCAUGGACAUAGAAAUGCCUGUCAAGAAUGGCUAUUAGGCUUCAAAAGAUAUCACUGAGAUCAUGACGCAGUAAAAUAUGAAUGAUUAAUGUGCUAUUGUGAUGUGUUCUGCUUACAAUGGGAAUGAAAAUAAUGAUAGUUUAAGGAAUUGUGGCAUAAAAGAGAUAUUACCAAAGCCAAUAGAGUAAAAAUAACUUAAACAAUUACUUGAUAAAUAUUUAUUAUGA